UCAUCUGUCAUCCACUUGUGUAAUAGAAAAAUAUUUUCAUUUUUUUACUGAAUUUAAAUCAGAUUUCCGACUUAUAUUCGACAAAAAUUCUCCGAAAAUUACGUCAGAAUGGCGCACAGAAUACUGUUGUCCGCGAAGAAACUGGAGUCAAGACUGCUGUCCACUCUCAAAACUGGCUAUUUAGAUCCGAAUUUAAAGCACAAGUCCGAAUUGUUCUCGUCGGAGCGCUUAAUGACACCGCUUUUCACACAAUUUUUGAACGAGUUUCGCGUGUAUUGCGAAAAAGUUCCCAAAGGAUUUGAAAAAUACUACAAGAAACCGGGUGGAGGCGGUCAGAAACAAGAAGCCAAAGCCGCCGAAUCACAAACAGCUGACAAAAGUGCUCCGAAAGAUGCGCCGUCGCCCGGCGGUACUGGCAAUCAACAAAGUAGUCCUAGUCAAAAGCCAACGCCAAAGAUGAAUUUGGGCAUGUUCGCACCGACGGCAGGCGGAGGCAACAGAGGCUCUGGUGGACAAGGUAGACCCAUUGGAGGACCGGGAGAUUCGCAGAAAAAUUGGAUGAUGUUGGGAGUGCUUGGAGGUGUUGCGUUGGUUGGAGCUAUUGCAUUUUCCGAAAUGGGAUAUAAGGAAAUUACGUGGAGAGAGUUCCUUAACAAUUAUUUGGGACGUGGAAUUGUGGAUCGAUUGGAGGUUGUCAACAAAAAAUGGGUGCGAGUUCGUUUGAAUCCUGGCGUCACAACAGAAAGCAAUGCCACUCUUUGGUUCAACAUCGGUAGCGUCGACUCGUUCGAACGCAAUCUCGAAAAUGCCCAAAUGGACAUGAACAUCGAGCCCGUGAACUUUGUGAAUGUGAUUUAUCGCACAGAUCUCGAAGCUUCGAGUCUUAUAUCUGUCUUGCCCACAUUAAUUGUCAUUGGUUUCCUCAUUUGGAUGAUGCGACGCAGUGCUAGUAUGAUGGGAGGUGCUGGCGGUCGUAAAGGCGGCGGCUUAUUUGGCGGCGUGAUGAAUUCCACAGCGAAGCUUAUCAAUCCACAGGAGAUCCAAGUGCGCUUCAAGGACGUCGCUGGAUGCGAAGAAGCCAAAAUCGAAAUUAUGGAGUUUGUGAAUUUCCUUAAGAACCCACAGCAAUACAUCGAUCUCGGCGCAAAAAUUCCCAAAGGUGCCAUGUUGACAGGUCCUCCAGGUACGGGAAAGACUUUGUUGGCAAAAGCAACGGCGGGCGAAGCAAAUGUUCCUUUCAUCACGGUUUCGGGUUCGGAAUUUUUGGAAAUGUUCGUCGGUGUGGGUCCAUCUCGUGUUCGUGACAUGUUCGCGAUGGCCCGUAAACAUGCGCCUUGCAUUUUGUUCAUCGAUGAAAUUGAUGCCGUUGGUCGAAAGCGUGGCGGAAAGAGUUUCGGGGGACAUUCCGAGCAGGAAAAUACGUUGAAUCAGUUGCUCGUCGAGAUGGAUGGCUUUAAUACGACAACGAAUGUUGUGGUUUUGGCAGCUACGAAUCGCGUGGAUAUUUUGGAUAAAGCUUUGUUGCGUCCCGGACGCUUUGAUAGACAGAUUUUCGUGCCGGCACCCGACAUCAAGGGACGUGCUAGCAUCUUCAAAGUGCAUUUAGAACCACUUAAAACGAAUGUCGACAAAGUAGAGCUCGCCCGAAAGAUGGCAGCGUUGACGCCGGGCUUCACGGGUGCCGAUAUCGCGAACGUUUGUAACGAAGCCGCCUUGAUUGCCGCACGUGACUUAAACGAAUCCAUCGUCAUGAAGCAUUUCGAGCAAGCAAUUGAACGUGUCGUUGCCGGUAUGGAGAAAAAAACGAACGUUUUAGCUCCGGAGGAGAAACGAACAGUUGCUUAUCACGAAGCUGGUCAUGCCGUCGCCGGUUGGUUCUUGCAACAUGCCGAUCCACUAUUAAAAGUUUCAAUUAUCCCGCGUGGAAAGGGUCUCGGAUAUGCGCAAUAUCUCCCGAAAGAUCAAUAUCUUCUCUCAACCGAACAACUUUUCGACCGGAUGUGCAUGACACUCGGGGGUCGUGUCUCCGAGGAACUUUUCUUCAAUCGCAUCACGACCGGGGCCCAAGAUGACCUCAAAAAAGUUACCGAAAGUGCGUAUGCGCAAGUUGUGCGUUUCGGCAUGAACGAAAAAGUGGGACAAGUGAGCUUUGACAUGUCCCAACCAGGUGAUCCGAUGUUCUCGAAACCCUAUUCCGAGCAAACGGCGCAACUGAUUGACGAUGAGGUGCGAAAGAUGAUCAAACAUGCGCAUGAACACACGCGAGCCUUGCUGACGAAACACAAGGCAGACGUCGAAAAAGUAGCCGAAAGACUGUUAAAGAACGAAAUUUUGUCGCGCGAUGAUAUGAUCGAGUUGCUCGGCAAACGGCCGUUCCCCGAAAAGACGACGUACGAAGAAUUCAUCGAGGGCACGGGAUCUUUCGAUGAAAAUACCGAGUUACCUGAGGGACUCUCGAGUUGGAAUAAGGAGAAAAAUGCACCGGCAGAUGCCACAACAACACCACCCACGACAGACACGACGGAGAAGAAACCACCAAACACGAGGGUGUAAAAAAAAAUUUCGAUCGACAUAGAUAUUUUUUGUUGCUUAGAAAAUUAGUUUGAAAAAAAAGAAGCAAAACGUGAGAAUAAAAUUUAACAAAAAAAAAUGCUUUUUUUAUC